AUGUUCUUUCGUUUCCCGCACAGCGUGGUAGUUCGGAAGUGCGUGUCCCCGUCGCUCCAGGAGGCGAUACAGGUGGUGCCCUCCAAUGUUGUCGCGGACAUCGUCGCGGGUGGUGAGGACGCGCACGUGGCGUUUGACCGUUUGCUUGGAUGUAAGCUGGUCGCGUUCUGCAUCUGGACCGGGUCGCACGAACAGCCGGCGGGAUCACAUGUUUCGGGUCGCGAUGCACUCGCACUCAAUACAGCGCUUGCCCUCGCGAACGCAGGGGAGGGGGAGCAGGGGAAGCCGGACAAGGAGGAGGGCUCGAGCUCUGACCGCGACGAGGACGCCCCUGUGAACGCGACGCAGGGUCUAGGUGCCAAGAAGGCGCGGGAGGAGGCCGACGAGGGUUCGGAAGAACUGGAGGGGGAAGAGGACGACGAAGAGGAUGAGGAAGAGGAGGAAGAGGUGGAAGAAACCCUCGCGACCAACAAUGCCGGGCGGGCGUCGAGCGCGGUCGUGGGUGCAGGGAAGAGUAUUCGCGGUCUGCAGGCUGUGCUGUUACCCCGUCACGGUAGCGCGACCCCGUCGACUGAGUACGCGGGCAAGAGUCCGGUCGCGGGCAAGCGUAAACACUCGGAGCUGGUGAAGAUGGAUCCUGCGAAGCUGGCCGCGGAGAUUCUCCGCUUGGACGAGCAGGUGAAAAAUCAAAAGCGCAAGCUGGACGAGGUCGUGUCCGCAAAGCCAGGCACAGAACACGUGGUGGUGAUCACGCAGAGCUACGACGAGCUCGUGGCUACGGUGGAGAAGGCGCUGCUUCACGUGCAGAACACGGAACGGGUGAUGCGCAGGGAAGCCAAGGUGGCCGCGAAGGACAGGUCGAAGAAUCGCGUCAUGCGGGAGGUGCUGAAACGCGCUGCUGUCCGCUUGGAGGAUUGCGCGGCUAGCAUGAAGGGGGUGGUUGUGGACUCCAUGGAGAACGCCCAGAAGAAGCUGACGGACGAGGUCGCCCGUAAGAUCGACGGCGCGUCAUCCAACAUCGCGGGAACCGCCGAGAGAGCGAUCACCACAAGCGGCGUCACCAACUCUCUCAACAUCAUCAUCGCGAUGCUUUCGGGCGUGACGCCAAGGAGACAUCUGCAGCCCACGACGCAAAUUCCUCCGUCUGGCAGAGCGGGUUGUUGA